UCGGUGUUGGCUCCCAGCGGGGACCGGCGGAGCAGCGAGGCGAAGCAGGAGGAGCUGCUGCUGCCGACUGCAGGUCGCAGACAGCAGCGAAGCCGGAAGUGCGUCUGUCUGUGGCGGGCUGGUCGCUGCGUGAGGCCCCGCUGGAGUCUAAGCUGAAAAAGCUUCUGGUGAACCUGCAUGAUUUCGUCAGAUGUUGCUGGACCUGGUUGCACCGAUGAAAAGAAAUCUCCUCGCUGAUGGUGUUUACUUAUGAAGGUCAUAUUGAGGCAUUGGUAUUACAUUGAGACUGUUUCAUAACCAGUUAAAAGUUCCUCAUGGUAACUUAUUCUGCCAUAUUCCCCCCCAGCUUUUGUUCCAUUUCACAGUUCGGGUUCCACGUUUGUAUUUUUCGUCUGCAUGUCAGGAGGACAGCCUCUCAUAACUCGUCACAAAAUAAUUGCUUUCCGUCAUCUCAUUUGUCCCCAGUAUUUCAUGUCUCUAAUUAAUUUGACGUUUCUGUUGUGUUCACCGCAAAAAAAAGAAAAGGAGACCUUGUUUCAGUCAUGUUGAUUUGCAUUUUUAAAACAUAAAAAUAAUUUAGUCAAGGCUGCAGAAGUCUGCCACUUUGCUUAAUGCCGGCCCAUCUCUUCAGUGCUCGGCACUGUUUUAGUCUUGCAAUAGUGACAAAUCCUCUCUAUGAAUGACAAAAUGUUACUCUUGUGCUCCUUGUUUGCAGCUCAUUUGCAGUUUAAGUGGUUGUUUGGCCAUACAGCCUCGCAGCAAAGUAAUCUGUCACAAGCUUAGAAAGUGUGUUUGUCGCACUUACACACACACACCAACACACACACACACGCAGGGUGAAAUGACAACGUGUGAUUUAAAUACACAUCCUCAGGUUACAGCCGUGGUAGCCGUCAUGUGUGGCCUCAUACUCCUGUUUUAUUAUUGCUAAGGGUCAUUGCUAAGUGUUAAAUGUGUUCUCACUCGACAGCAUAGGGGGAAUUCUUAUCUCUCCCUGACAAGACCUCUCUGAGCAGCAUCACACAAUCCUACCGAAAUGCACAUCAGCAUUGCUCCGCAAAUGUAAAACACGGACGCUUCUCAAAUCUCUGAUCUAUGUAUGAGCACUGCUAUACUGUCCGAUCUGUCUGUCGAAGGCUGGAGCAGGCGUCGUAGAUUAGGAGCGCGGACUGAACAAACGCAGGCCUUCAAACCCAAAAAUCUAUUUAUUUGAGCUCUUUGAUUGAUGGAAAUGGACUGUGUGUGUGUGUUUCUUCUUAAGGGACUUGGAUGGAAAGGGGGGAUGCAUGUGAGGAGACGUGCAGGCCUGCAUGAGAGCACAUGGGCACUCAGGUGUUGGUUUAAUGAACACAGUCUCUGCGCUGGCACAAACUGCCUCACUGGGACCAAUGCGAAUAAGCACUUUGAUGAAAUAUUAAUUAGAAAUAUAAUUUUAUUUUAUACCCGACUUCAAAAAUUCAAGCAUGCUGUUUAAUUUGUUCAACAAUAACCCGCUUUAAUGAAUUCAAAAACCAUUCCUUAACUGUAUUGGUCUCGUGACUCAUAUCUGAUUCUCCGUCUGCGAUGCUUUGCCAGCUUUGGGAUAUGCUGAAAGACAAAGAGUGGUGUCGAUCAGAGGAUUGAGAGGCUCCAGCCAAUGAGCACUCAGAAGCACUAAGCCAUGCCCACUGCACAUCUGUACCAUGACGUCAGAGUCCAGUGCACUGCAGCACACAGGCCAGUCCCUUUUAUGUGACUGAUGUGCAGGAGGGCUUAGUCGCCCCUGAUGGCAAAGAUCCUGCACGUCCUCAGUCCUGCUCUGUCGUGAUGCUGCAGCGGGUUGUGCACAGAUUGUUGCAAGUGAGGAGGACACAAAGUAGCAGAAGAAUGUUCAUACAGUAGACAAGGUUUCGUUGUGCAAGAAAGGCGUUGCUGCUUUAUCCUUUUUAUUCUUUUGAAACUCAUAAUAAUACCUCCAAUUCCUCCCAGUAUAACGAUAGCAAUGCUCUUUUUUUGAACUGAACAUCAUUAUCAGUGCGAGUCUGUAAAAUUGAACACAUUGAUUUCUUUAAAUGAACACAGCAGUGUAUUUGGAGGUUUGAGCUCCUUACAUGUCUGGUAUUGAUACUCUUUUGCUAAGAUGUUGAGAAAACCCUAAAUUAUGUUUUUGACUUAAAAGGACCUCUGAGACUAGAAAACUUUAUUUAGGAAAGAUCAAAUCGGCCCCAUACCCCCAUAUUUAUCAAUUAAAAGGUAUAAAAAUGUGCUACGGACAUUGAAGUAAAGUAUUAGAAUAGUUUCUGAAUGUGUGUUUCUUACCGUUCCAGACAUCCCUUGGUUUCAAUCCUCUUCUGUGCAAAAAUCAAUUAUCAGUUGGUGAGGUCAGUAUCCCAUCUCAUCCAUGCAUAUUGGAUGAUUUUCGUACGAUACAAGUCCAGUACCAACGUUUAGCGCCAAAUGCACCUUGGCAGAGAGGAAAGUAACGGGCGUGUCACAUGUCAGACUUUAAUGCAGGAGACCGGUGUUUGUGUCCUGUCACAGACCAGUUCAUUUAUUAACUGUAACCACCAUGUUUUCUGUUUGUGUCAUACCCUGAACGUAUUCGCCAGAACCAGCAUCUGUCCCCAACCUAACCAUACAGUCGUUGCCAUGUGCAGAAAGGAAGAAGAAUAUAUUGUACAUGGAUGUAAAAACAAAAAAAAACGUCACUGAGCAUUUUCUGCUGACGAGGCUGAAGCCAGCUUUGCUGCCCACUGAGCUGCCGCCACAUUUCAAACCAAUCAGAUGCCUGUACUUUGGACCACAUCUGGUGCGUCUCUGCCUAGCUCUCUCCUGGCACCAUCGUGGGUAGCAAUUCAGUUCCCAGCAUGCAUUUCUCUAAAAGAUAUACAGGACAAAAGAAAAGAUGAAUUUUGACACUUUUGAGGCCCGUUCCUUUAAUUAAUGCAUAUCAUUGUUCCUGGACUCUUACCUUAUCCUCACACACGUGUGGGUGAGUCCACAGCGAAUACUUGGUUUUACAGUGCAGUCAGUGUGAGCGGCCUCUGGUUAAUGGGAUCCGCUGCUCCACAGCUCGAAAUGCUGUUAACCUGCGAUGUAAAGAGCAAAUACUUUGAAGUCACAAUCCCAAAUCCCUCCGAAGAGUGCGAGGCGAGCUGCGAGUUCAACCCACUCGGCUUAAUCGAGCUCGCUGAGCUGUGUCUAACGACGCGAAAUCACACCGCGGCACGAACUGCUUGGGUCGUUCCUAUAGCGACUAAACUAGAUGAAGAAAAGCUGAAGACUUUGCUUUUUGAUCCAAUUAUCGCAAUCCACCUCAUCGAGAUGUUAACUUGAAUGCCGGCACCCAGUUUAAUGGAACAAAGAAAAUAAUUUAAGAAAAGAAAAAGAGAAAUAUUCUUUUGGUAGUUUGGACAGAGAAUUGGAUUAACGUGGAUUACUCUUGAUUAAUGGAUGGUAGCCUGAAGACUUCACAUUGUUUGAUCAUAUUUAACCGCAAAAAAACAUAUAUAAUCUUUCAUUUUGUGACCUAUAUUUACUCCACUACAGAGGAUUUGCCCUGUUUUGAUAACUUCUCAUCUUGUUCCACAGGUAACAUUCCCGCAUCCCUCUUCUCCUCCAAUCAAAACGUAGCUACACUGCAAAAAAAUAAAUCUGCGACAACAUACAAAUCAUUUAGUAAUCAACUAAAGCGGAAUAUACUUACAGUAGUAGCAGGUAGUAAUAUUACUUUCCCAAUGCAAAUAGUGUCUUUACUCAAAAAUAAGUCUAAUGUCAAGGUAUUCCUUUUCGUUUUGUGGUUUAGCUUUGUCAUAAAUAAUCACACUUCACUGAAACGUGUCUAUUCAUCUGUGUCAAUAAAGAACGUGACGUGAAAGAGCAUUUUUCUACAGUGUAAAAACGGAGCGAACGUGCGUCUCGAGGCACCCGGCGUGUUGUUGGCUGAGCCGCGUCGUGAUGCUGCGACUGAUUAUUGGCGAAGCGAGAGGAGGAGGGAGGCGAUAAUCCGCGCGCAGACGGACCCAUCCGAGCCGCUGCCAGAGCUGCUUGCAGCGGGCGUCGGGACACCAUGGAGCCGCUGUCUCUCCGCGGGUUUUGCUCUCCGGCCGAAUCGCUUGAAGGACACGCAGACUAGACGUCUGCAUGAGAGAAGACCGGAGAGUUGCCUUGUUGUCUUUUUCCGCGGAUCUCCUUUCACCCGGAGCGUUGCUUAUUUUACCGGAGCUCUCCACCAUCUGAUGCCGGGAGCGCAGCAUCGGGUCAGGGGCUGAUCCGAGCGCUCGCCUCGGGGUCGUUUUUUUUUUUUUUUUUUUUUUUUUUUCUCCCGUGAAGCGCACUACGUUUGGCUGAUAAUAAUAUUAAUAAUAACGGAUCAGCUGUGGAUUGUUUGCCCAUCAAGAGGGAUUAUGAUUUUCGCAGACAUGAGUACGGGGACCAACUCCCCAAAGGUGCACCCACCGAAUGGGACGAGGUUUUACACAUUCCAGGAGUUUGCCGCGCUCACCAAGGAGCUGAACGCCUGCAGGGAGCAGCUGCUGGAGAAGGAGGAGGAGAUCUCCGAGCUCAAAGCCGAGAGGAACAACACCAGGCUACUGCUGGAGCAUCUGGAGUGCCUGGUGUCCAGACACGAGCGGUCACUUCGCAUGACGGUGGUGAAGCGGCAGGCUCAGUCUCCUUCGGGGGUCUCCAGUGAAGUUGAGGUCCUCAAAGCGCUCAAGUCCUUGUUCGAACACCAUAAAGCUCUAGAUGAGAAGGUAAGAGAGAGACUACGGGUGUCGCUGGAGAGGGUGUCCGUCUUGGAGGAGGAGCUCACAGCAGCCAAUCAGGAGAUCGUGGCCUUAAGGGAACAAAAUGCUCACAUUCAGAGAAAAGUGGCUUCCGGGGACGGAGGGGAGGACAUACUGGACGGCAGUGAAGCUCAACAGAAGCUUCAUGGCAAGCGUCUGUCCAACGGCUCUCUGGAGUCGGCCCAUGACGCGAGCCAGGUGGUGGAGCUGCAGGACCUGCUGGAGAAGCAGAACUACGAGCUGGCCCAGAUGAAGGAGCGCAUGUCCUCCCUCUCCUCCCGGGUCUCCGAGGUUGAGCAGGAGCUGGAGACGGCCCGGAAGGACCUCAUCAAGUCAGAGGAGAUGAACAUCAAGUACCAGAGGGACAUCAAAGAGGCCAUGUGUCAGAAAGAGGACAUGGAGGAGCGGAUCGUAACUUUGGAAAAGCGCUACCUAAGCGCCCAACGAGAGUCCACCUCGGUGCACGACAUCAACGACAAACUGGAGAACGAGUUGGCCAACAAGGAGGCGUUCCUCAGACAGAUGGAGGAGAAGAACAGGCAGCUACAGGAGAGGCUGGAGCUUGCAGAGCAGAAGCUCCAGCAGACCAUGAGGAAAGCGGAGACGCUGCCGGAGGUAGAGGCUGAACUGGCCCAGAGGAUAGCAGCCCUCACCAAGGCGGAGGAGCGUCACGGGAGCAUUGAGGAGCGAAUGAGGCACUUGGAAUGCCAGCUGGAGGAGAAGAACCAGGAGCUGCUACGGGCACGACAGAGAGAAAAGAUGAACGAGGAGCACAACAAGCGACUCUCGGACACGGUGGACAGGCUCCUCACGGAGUCCAACGAGCGUCUUCAGCUCCACCUGAAGGAGAGGAUGGCGGCUCUAGAGGAGAAGAAUUUAUUAAUCCAAGACUCUGAAGGUUACAGAAAACAGUACGAAGAUUCAAUCCAUGAAAAAACACAUCUGGCAGAGGAGAUCGACAAACUGAGAUCAGAGCUGGACCAAUUCAGAUUGAGGGCAGGCUCCCUCACAGAACCCACCCUGUCACGGUCUCAUCUGGACACGUCAACUGAGCUCCGAUUCUCGCUGGGAUCUCUGGCUGAAACCCAGUCGGACCACUACCGCUCAGCCAAGGUUAUCCGGCGACCGAGGAGAGGUAGACUGGGUCUGCAUGAAACCAAGGCUAAGUCGCUGGGGGAGCAUGAAUGGCGCUCGCAGCAGCUCGGGGUUCUGGGAGGCCACCACUUCGAGAGCGACACGGAGAUGUCCGACAUCGAUGACGACGACAGGGAAACGUUGUUUAGCUCCAUGGACCUGCUCUCGCCCAGCGGCCACUCUGAUGCACAAACUCUGGCCAUGAUGCUGCAGGAGCAGCUGGACGCCAUCAACAAGGAGAUUCGGCUGAUCCAGGAGGAGAAGGAGUCGACGGAGCUGCGGGCGGAGGAGAUUGAGAACCGGGUGGCCAGUGUCAGCCUCGAGGGCCUCAACCUGGCUCGAAUGCACCACCACGGAGCCUCCAUCACCGCCUCAGCCACCGCCUCCUCCUUGGCCUCCUCCUCCCCGCCCAGCGGACACUCCACCCCUAAACUUGAUCCCCGAAGCCCGGCCCGCGAUAUGGAGCGCAUGGGGGUCAUGACACUGCCCAGCGAUCUGAGGAAACACAGGAGAAAGAUAGCGGCGGUGGACGAGGACGGCCGCGAGGACAAGGCCACCAUCAAGUGUGAGACGUCGCCCCCUGCAACGCCACGCAGCGUCCGAAUGACACACACACUGCCCGCCUCCUCGCACAAUGACUCACGAGGGAUCGUGUCGUCUCUGGAGGCAGAGGCCAGCGCGCUGAGCAGUGUAGCCAGCAGCCAGGACUCCCUCCACAAGCAUCCGAAGAAGAAGGGCAUCAAAUCCUCCAUCGGACGGCUUUUUGGCAAGAAGGAGAAGGGCAGGAUGGCACAUAUGGCACACAGACAUGUCAUGUUAGAUCCACAAGCGACCAUGAUGGACGACAUGGCGGGCCAGGACAUGGGGCUGAGCAAGCUGGGAACUCAGGCCGAGAAGGACCGCAGGUUGAAAAAGAACGGACACGAGCUGUUGGAGGAGGCCAGGAGAAAGGGUUUACCUUUCGCCCAAUGGGACGGUCCCACCGUUGUAGCCUGGCUGGAGCUGUGGUUGGGAAUGCCGGCCUGGUACGUGGCGGCGUGCCGCGCCAACGUGAAGAGCGGAGCCAUCAUGUCGGCCCUAUCCGACACCGAGAUCCAGAGGGAGAUCGGUAUCAGCAACCCUCUGCACCGCCUCAAACUCCGCCUGGCCAUCCAGGAGAUGGUCUCCCUCACCAGCCCCUCUGCACCGCCCACCUCCAGAACCGCGUCAGGCAAUGUAUGGUUGACCCAUGAGGAGAUGGAGACCAUGGCGGCCCCUUCCAAAACGAAGUCGGACUCUGAGGAGGGCAGCUGGGCACAGACCCUAGCUUAUGGCGACAUGAACCAUGAGUGGAUAGGGAACGAGUGGCUGCCCAGUCUAGGACUACCUCAGUACCGCAGCUACUUCAUGGAGUGCCUGGUGGACGCACGCAUGCUGGACCACCUCACCAAGAAGGACCUGAGGGUGCACCUCAAAAUGGUGGACAGCUUCCACAGAACAAGUUUACAGUAUGGCAUCAUGGGUCUGAAGAAGCUCAACUAUGACAGGAAGGAACUGGAGAGACGCAGGGAGCACAGUCAGCACGAAAUGAGAGACGUUCUGGUGUGGAGUAAUGAGCGGGUCAUCCGAUGGGUGCAGAGCAUAGGCCUGCGGGACUACGCCAACAUCCUGCUAGAGAGCGGCGUGCACGGAGCUCUGGUCGCCUUGGAUGACAACUUUGACUACAGCAGUCUGGCGCUGCUCCUCCAGAUCCCCAACCAAAACACUCAGGCACGUCAGAUUCUGGAGCGAGAGUACAAUAACAUGCUGGCGCUGGGCACCGACAGGAGACUGGAUGAGUGUGACGACAAAGACUUCCGGGGCCCGUCGUGGAGGAGGCAGUUCCCGCCUCGAGACGUUCACGGUAUAAGUAUGAUGCCCGGAUCGGCGGAGACGCUCCCUGCUGGAUUCCGUCUCACCACCACGUCUGGUCACUCCAGAAGAUUGCCACCUGAAGUCCUCUAUGAGGCGCUGGACGACAGUCCUGACGACAUGUAUUUGGAUUGGUUUCAAGUCGGACCCUCUGCAGUGCAGCGGCUGGACAGCUCCACGGUGAGAACCUACUCCUGCUGAUUGGAGGAAGAGGGGAACCUUAAACUGUACGCUGUAUGUAACGCAACACAUCGUUCAAUACACAGCUUUCUUCAGAAGUGCUUAAAGCAGAUGCUUUUUUUUUUUUUUUUUUGGCUUGGCGAGUCCGUGCAGUGUUUUUGCCAGGAAGCUGUGACUAAGAUGGUAGGAGACGGCAGGGAGCCACCAUAUCGUACUGAUGUCGCCUCUUUAAUGUCCGUCCAAAAACGAUGAGUCAGAUUUGGUCCGAGCUUUAGAAAUCUGCUUCAACUGAAUAAGUUCAGUAUCUCACACACAGAGUAAUAACAAUAGUGACAACCUGAUGCAAGAAGAGAACCCUGAACCAGAUGUAUUUAGCAUGUAACACCCAGGUGGACACUCCUUCACUACUUCCUGUAGAACAGUUAUAGUUUACUCUAGUGGGGAGUAAAUAGAGAUGUUAUGCCAUAACUGACAGGUAUGAAUUACGACCGUUUUACACUGGAUAAUGGAAUAUUAUACCACGACUUUUAUGACCUUUUCUCGACAUGCUAUGCUAUGACUGCACAGAAUUGAGCUUUCUGCGCUUUCAUUUUUCUUCCACUGCUGCGAGAUGUCACAACCACAAAUGAUUGCAGCACCUUUCUUAAUUUCUGCCUCGACUUUUUUUCUAUAUGGUUAAUAAAACUUUCAAACGGUAUGUAUUUAAAGAUCACAGUUCCUACGGUUGUAACAUACACCCACCACACCCACCUCACAGUACCUCAUUGAAAACUACUCAUUCUGCUUCCCUUCAGGUACAGUUCUGAAGAACUAGUGGAGCUGCUGGACAGGCCAACCUGCCGAGGAACAAACCAUUCUGAUGACACGCACUGCCAAGAAGCCCUGCUCUCCUCUCGGACCCCCCCUCCUCCCUCCUCCCUAUAAUGUGGGCACCAGAUGCCGGUGCUAAACUGUCCUGCAGGCUGCCCUGUUGUCACCAUUUCUACCUUUUACAUGUACAGUAACUUGUCGAAGCAUAACGUACUGUGUAUUUCUUCUACAGGAGAUGUGUAGGUUAUCUGUAAAUAAAUAUGCCAUUUUUUAAUAUAUACAUACAUCUGAUCUAUGUAUAAAAA